UUUGGAAUGGAGAAUGGAGAUUGCUCAGUCGUUGACUCACUUAGUUUGGAAUGGAGAAUGCGUAGUCUAGAAUGGAGAAUGCUAACUGCUCAUUCGCUGACUCGCUGGAUGAACAAUGGUCGGAGCUCGUCAAAGAUAACCGUCGUUGAAUGGUUGGAGCUCAUUGGAGAAGAGGCUAGCUGA